GAAGUUACAACUACAAGCUGUUUGACUGGAAAGACCAAAACCCCCUAGGGACCUAGGGUUUUCAUCCCGAAACAUUCCGUACCGUUUGCUCCACUAUCCAGCAAAAAUGGUGAAUCCUCCUCCUGAACCUGACACGCUGCAACAGCAACCCACCGCUAAAGGAACCCUGAUUGAGGUAUGCAGCGGCGAGGAAGGCUUUCGAGGGCCUUGGUAUUUGGCCACAAUUCUUGAAUCCCCUCCUAAGUCCAUUUCCAAGAAACGCAAGAGGCCCUUGGUUCGCUACAAGGCUUUACGAGCUCAAGAUGGUUCGUCCCCUUUGACAGAAUACGUCGACCCAGAUUUUAUACGUCCAUUGCCGCCUAAUGAUAAAGAGGAUGAUCUUUCGUGUUUUGAGGUAAACGAGAUCGUCGAUGCGUGGCAUAGAGAUGGUUGGUGGACCGGGGUUGUGAGGAAGGUUCUGGAAAAGGCGAAAUACAUGGUUUAUUUUGAUAAUCCACCUGAUGUUAUCGAGUUUGAUGGGAAGGAUUUGAGGGUCCAUUGGGAUUGGAUCGAUGGAAAAUGGGUUCGACCCGAAAAGCAGCAAUCAACAGGUUCAAUUUUUAGCUCAGGGACAGCAGUGGAGGUAAAUACCAAUGAUGAAAACUUACGUGAUGUUUGGUUCCCUGCAAUAGUCAUAAAAGAAAAUGGGGACACUACUUUCUUGGUUAAGCAGCAGAACUCUAAGAACGGCGAUGAGUCUGGUGCAGUAACAGUUGUUGUAGAUUCCCUCCACAUCAGACCCUCUCCUCAUUAUUCAGAUAGAAAUUAUGGAUCACUAUUAGUCACAUCUAACCGGUUAAAAGAAAUUCCUGAUGAAACAUCAUGUGAAGAAGGUACAGGAGUUGGAUUCACGAAGAAAACUGCUGGUGAUUGGUCUUGUUCUAAGACUGAGAGCUAUUUAACAGAAGCUACGACUCAAACUGCUUCGAAUGGCCACCUUUUCUGUCAACACCACCAUUCUAACUGGAAGGCUAAGAAGCAUAAAGUUGGUUCGGUUGCCAGUAUUGCAAAUAACCUUGUGAAAAGGAGCACAAGAGCUAGAAAGUCACCUGGUAAAGGCCCACAGGUUUUGACAGCAGCGAAGGAGGGAAUUUUAGAGACUGCAGAAGAAAUUAAUGAAGGAGAGGUUAAAACAAAGGAAGUUGAUAUGCCUAUCAUCUCUGGAUUAACAGCAAAGUUCACAAAGACUUUAUGCGAUAAAAAAUCUUUUCAGAUAAGGGAUCUUCUUAAAAGAGUAAAUGAUUCAGUCAGAAAUAAAAGCAUGGAAAUAAGGGAGCAUAAAGUUGGUGUAAAUCAGACCGGAAAGAGGGGAAGGCCACGCAAAUCAGUAGUUACAACUCCAAAAGCUUUUGUUUCCGGUAAGGUGCAAAAUGGUGCUGGAGGUCUUGCUGAUAAAAAUGUUGUAAAAGACUGUACAAGUAAUGAAGAUGAUUUGUCAAAACAGAAAGGGUUGGAGCUGGCAGCCUCUCAAGAUGCAUUGAGAGGAAGGACAAGUGAUGAUCCCAAAACAAAAGAGGUUCACUUGCCAAGUGCUGGGAUUUCAAACAUGGCUGAUGAGGACCAACCUCUCUCAACAUGGAUAGUAGCAAUCCAGUCUUCAGGUGAUGAAAAUUCAAGACUUCCCUCUGCGCUUGUCAAGGAAUGCAAUGAGGAUAGAGGACUGGUUGAUGUUCCGGUAGAAUCUCUUGCUGUGGAUGCAAGAAGUGGAAGCCUAUUGGAAGACGAUCGGAGUUUGCCUUUUGUAAAGAAAUCUAGCCUCUGGCAAACAAUUGAAUCUAUGGAUGUCUUCCAAACUAUGCCCCAAAAACCACAUUUUCAACCUUUGGCUGAAAACAGAGAGGAGUUUCGCGAAGGAUCGGCAAUUGGUAUCAUGGUAACCUUUGCCAGUUUGUUCGAGAAGAUAUCAGCGUUGUGUUUUGAUGAUCCUAGAGAUACAUUUGAUAGCAUUUUUUAUAGUCUUAGUUAUAUGGAAAAGCAUGGAUUUGUUGUUACAUUGCUUCGAGAUCGCUUGAACAAAUUACUAUCAAUCAAGGAAGGCCAUGGACAGCGUACAGCAGAGAUAAAAAAUACGGAAAGGGAGAUAAUUGAGAAUACAGAGGAUGUAACUAAAUUGGAUGAAGAGAUGGAAGAGAUUGAAAAGAAAAUUACCGAGUUACAAGAACGUCGUGCCGUCAUACAGUCAGAUAAGGAGGCUGAAAAUCUUAAAAUCGCUGGUUUGAAGUUGCAUGUUGAUGUUCUAAAUGAACAGGUUCAGAACAAUUUGCGUGAUUUUAAAAAAUUAGCUACUGCCCCUUGGAAGUCGCCAUGAUCAACGGGUACGAUAUGCAUGGUUUAUUGUUCAAGAUGGUAAGAUUCCUGGAGCACUGCACAGGUGAUGAUUAUUGUAGUUAAAUACACGGAUUCGACUGUAGGUUAUUUUGAUUCUUUGAUCUCAAUGUAGUUGUCGUUUCAUGCACAUAGCUUAUGGUCUUUGGCGUCAGGUAUGUUUAGAAACGUCUUUUUAAGGCAAAAAUGGAACACUGAAAUUGUUAAAUACCAACUUUUGUGGAGCCCUUUGUUUGUUGA